ACCAAAAUACCCUUAAAGCUGGGAAAAAAUCCUAAACCCCAACCUUCGUCCCCUCGCCGCUGACCUGCCCGUUCUAGGGUUUUUACCUCUCACUUCGCCUCCUGAAUCCCCUCCGCCGUCGUCUCCCGGAACUCCGCCGCCGCCUCUCCCUGGGUAUUUCGGGAGAUGGCGUUCUUGCAAAAGGUUGGGAAUCUUGUCAAGCGAUCCACGAGUGCCAGCUCGUCGCUGUACCAGUCGGUUCGAUCCAUGUCCUCCUCGAAGCUCUUCGUAGGAGGCAUCUCGUACGGCACGGAUGAACAGAGCCUGAGGGAUGCGUUCGCUAACUAUGGCCAAGUCAUUGAAGCUAGGGUGAUUAUGGACCGUGAAACAGGAAGAUCAAGGGGGUUUGGUUUUGUAACAUACACAUCCACAGAGGAGGCAGCCACUGCCAUGACUGCCAUGGAUGGGAAGGAUCUGCAGGGUCGGAUAGUGAGGGUGAGUUAUGCUCAUGACCGUGGUAGCCGUGCUGGUGGUUUUGGUGGUGGCAGUGGAGGCUACGGUGGUGGUGGAUAUGGAGGUUCAUAUGGUGGCGGCGGAGGCUAUAGCGGAGGCGGUGGUUAUGGUGGAGGUUCUUAUGGUGACAGUGGAGGCUACGCUAGAGGUGGUGGUGGUGGAUACAAUGAUGGUGGCAAUAUUGGUUCAGGCUACAACACUGGUGGGAACUAUGGUGUUUCUGAAGGUGGACGAGGUGCUUAUGGUGGUGAUGCCAGUUACACAGGUGGCACUGGCGGAUAUAAUGCUAGUCCUGGUAAUUACAGUGGUGGUAGCUUCAAUCAAGGAGGUGGUGUACCUGGUGAAUAUGGAGGCGGCAACUAUGGUGGCGCAAGCAAUAAUAGCUACGUGGACAGUGCCUCCAACACUGCAUCUGUUGGUAAGCUGGAUGUCUUGUUAAAUGAUCUCAAAGUUGACAAUGCUGGAGAGGCUGAGGCUGAGGUUGUGAGUGAGGGUGUGGAUCUUGACGUUGCUGAUGAGGACAUGAAAGGAGAUGGUCAUGAUGACUUUGUCCAGGAUGAUUGCAAGGACGAAGAUGAACCUGACGACUAUGCCAACAAAAGAAGUUGAACUCAGCCCCAAGCACAAGGCGAAGAAAUUAACUGGUUAUGGGCUGCGCACUAUAGUGCUCUCCGUGGUAAAACUGCCUUGAAGACCAUCUGCUGUAUGCAAAUAAGUCUAGGGUUUCUUGUCACAGCUAUGUUUCACUUCUUGCUUGCUUAUGUUGUGUAUGCUUGAUGAUGCUGGACUCCUGAUAUGUCACGAACGUCUGGAAUGGGAAUCAUAUGAAUAAAAUGUAAGGACUAAGGACAUUGCACUUGGUUCCGGAUCUAA